AUGGCAACCCCCGUUGUCGUCGGCGUGGCUGACGUGGUCAAUCGAUCUCUGGCACCUCGAGACGCACGUGAGCCGUUGCAAUUGAUGGUCGAAGCCGUCCAAAACGCCAUGAGCGACACCGGGCUCUCUCCGUCAUCCGCGCAAAAGCUUCAGUCCAGCAUUACCAGCGUGUACACCGUUCGCUGUUGGACGUGGCCCUACGCAGACCUACCUGAGCUCCUGGCCCAGCGGCUGGGCGUCACCCCAUUACACAAGAGAGCCAGCACGCAAGGGGGCCACAAUCCAGCCAUGUUGUUCGAUGAAGCCGCCCGUGCGAUAUCGCGGGGGGAAAGCAAAGUGGCCGUGCUUGCCGGCGGAGAAGCCUUGGCUUCGUUGCAGGCUUGGACCAAAGUCAACAAGGGGUCACCGCCGCCUUGGACCCCUGUCGAGCAGGAAGUAGGCGCCGUAUUUUCACCAACCACAAGGGAUCUCGAAGAAGGUCUGGGAUCUAUCCAUUCCAUCGGCAGACCGAUUCAAAUCUACCCGCUGUAUGAAAACGGCUUCAGAGCCCACCGCGGCCAAUCCCUGCCUGACAACAACCGCGAGUCGGCGCAGCUGUACGCAAGUUUUGCCAGAGUUGCGGCGCAGAAUCCACGCGCGUGGACCUACGGCCGACCGGCAGAAAGCGCGGACACCAUUGGCAAGGUGACCAGGAAGAACAGGAUGAUAUGCAUGCCCUAUCCGCUUCUCAUGAACGCCUAUAAUACCGUCAACUGCGCGGCAGCUUGCCUCCUCACCUCGACCGAUUACGCUCAAGAGCUUGGUAUACCCAGUUCGAAGUGGAUCUUCCCUUUAGGGGGCGCCGGCACGAGAGACAGCCUUGAUUUUUGGGAGCGGCCAAAUUUCCACUCCAGCCCAUCCAUCUCACACACGCUCGACGCGGUUCUAAGAGUGUCCGGAUUGACGAAGGACGAAAUCGAUCUCUAUGACAUCUACUCUUGCUUCCCCAUUGUCCCAAAGCUGGCGUGCCACCAUCUCGGCUUGUCGAUACUCGAGCCUGCGAAGCCGAUCACGCUGCUGGGCGGCUUGACCUUCUUCGGCGGCGCGGGCAACAAUUACUCGAUGCACGCUCUUACGGAAAUGGUGCGACAACUUCGCCACCUACACGGUCCCUCUCGCAAAGGGCUGAUCCUGGCGAAUGGAGGGUUCAUGACGUACCAAUACGCGCUGUGUCUGUCGAACGAGCCAGGGAGCAGACAGUAUCCCAAGCAAAACCCGCUUCCGGAGGUCUGGCCAGAAGACACAGCGGUUCCACUCGAUCCGGAACCACAAGGCGAGGCGACCAUCGAAACUUAUACGGUAGAAUUUGGCCGGGAUGGCGCUCCAGUGGUGGGACAUAUUGUCGGGCGCACGAAGAGCGGCGGGAGGCGAUUCCUCGCAAACCACGCCGACGUGGCGACCCUGCAACAGCUCGCUAGCGCAAGCGAGGAGCAGAUCGGCAAGUCGGGGACCGUGAGGCAGCAUCCAGGGGUGCGCGGGAAGAAUUUGUUCUCUUUCACCAAGGAGAACAAGCUGUGA